AUGGAUAUAACUACUACCCAAAAGUUUAUAGAACGUGGGUCCCAUAGGGGGAAGGGCCUCGCUGUGUUCACCAGUGGUGGUGAUUCCCAAGGUAUGAAUGCUGCCGUACGGUCAGUCGUUCGGAUGGGUAUUUACUUGGGUUGUAAAGUUUACUUCAUCCGUGAAGGCUACCAAGGUAUGGUAGAUGGUGGAGACAAUAUUGAAGAAGCGAAUUGGUCCUCUGUUAGUUCUAUCAUUCACAAAGGUGGUACCAUUAUUGGGUCUGCUAGAUGUAUGGAUUUCAUGAAAAGGGAAGGUCGUCUUAAGGCUGCAAGCAACUGGUUACUCGAGGAAUGGUCUAGCUUGCUUGAUGAAUUAUUAGAAAAUAAUAGAAUUACUAAAGACCAAAGAGAAAAGUAUAAACAUUUGCAUAUUGCUGGAAUGGUGGGCUCAAUUGACAAUGAUUUCUGUGGUACAGACAUGACAAUUGGCACAGAUUCAGCAUUGCAUCGAUCAUUGAAGCUAUUGAUGCUAUUGUGA